AUGGGGGAGAUGGAGACCUUCGCAUUCCAGGCGGAGAUCAACCAGUUGCUGAGUCUCAUCAUCAACACCUUCUACUCCAACAAGGAGAUCUUCCUGCGCGAGCUGAUUAGCAACGCCUCGGAUGCACUCGAUAAGAUCUGGUUCGAGGGUCUCACCGACAAGAGCAAGCUGGACGCCCAGCCGGAGCUCUUCAUCCGCCUCGUGCCUGACAAGGCGAACAAGACGCUUUCCAUCAUCGACAGCGGCAUCGGCAUGACCAAAGCUGAUCUGGUGAACAAUUUGGGCACUAUCACACGAUCUGGAACCAAGGAGUUCAUGGAGGCACUCCAAGCCGGCAUGGAUGUGAGCAUGAUUGGUCAAUUUGAUGUCGGUUUCUACUCCGCCUACCUGGUCGCCGAGAAGGUUAUUGUGACAACCAGGCACAAUGACGACGAGAAGUAUAUCUGGGAAUCACAAGCCGGUGGUUCAUUUACUGUCACAAGAGACACAGCCGGCGAGCAGCUCGGCCGGGGAACCAAAAUCACCCUCUACCUCAAAGAGGACCAGCUGGAAUACUUGGAAGAGAGGAGAAUUAAGGAUCUGGUGAAGAAGCACUCGGAGUUCAUCAACUAUCCGAUCUAUUUAUGGACAGAGAAGACCACCGAGAAAGAAAUUAGUGACGAUGAGGACGAUGAGGAAUCGAAGAAGGAAGAGGACAGCGACAUUGAAGAAGUCGACGAAGACAAGGGCAAAAAGUCCCAGAAGAAGAAGGUGAAAGAAGUCUCCCACGAAUGGCAGUAGAUCAAUAAGCAGAAA